GCCGCGGCGGUAGCCGCUGAGAGUCGACCGAGCCGGGCAGCGAGGGGCUGGCGGUAGCUGCGGCGGCUGGGGCUAGGCAGGGCUGGGCGCAGACCCGGCGGAGGGGAGGGGAGCAAGGCGAGGCGAGGCCCGGGACUGAGGCAGCGGCUCCCUCCGGAUUGGACUCCCGAUUCUCUCCCUCCUUCCUUCUUUUCCUCCCUCCCCCCUUUUUUGUCCUUGCUCUUCUGGAGGACUUCACGUUUCGUGAUUUAUCGGAACCAAUUGAUUGAUCGAUCGGUUGGCUUAUUGAUCGGUUAAAGGGGCCCUGCUGCUCGGGCGACGCGAAGCCGGGAUCGGGUUGAGCCGCUGUUCCUUUAAAGUCGAGCCGGGGAGGGCGGGGGGGGGGAGGAGGAGAAGAAGAAGGGGAAAUCCUGCGAUGCGCCCUUGAUCUUUAGUCAUCCUUCCGCCCUUGAGUUCCUUCAUACCCCCCCCUACCCAACCCCCAACCCCCAACCCCCUCCCCCCUUUCACACCGACCCUAAUGCGCUUUCACCGCCCCUGGGAGAAGAAGAGGAGAGGAAGAGGCGGCGGCGGCGGCAUCGCAACCUAUUCCUAUAGUCAACCCCCCUUCACCUUGAUUGCCACCCUGUCGAUCUACGCAAAAUACCUCGAUUAAUUUUUAUUGUGCCAUCCGCUCUCUUUCUCUCUCUCGUUCUCUUUCUCUCUCUCUCUCUCACCCCGGCUCGUUCUCGCAUUAUUUUGCAAACCUUGAGGGGUGGGGGCUAAUAGGGUUUUUUAAAUGGGCUGUAUGUAUACUGGGGAAAGAGAGCUCUCCGCUUAGCUCCCCCAUCCUGCGCCUUGCAUCAGGAAAAGGUUUUUUUUUUGAUAAAAAAAAAUCUAUAUAGGCUUUUGUCGGGCGGGGGUGUAUUGAAUCUGAAUAAUCAGACAUAUAAACCUAUUUUCCACCUCUGUCGCCCAGUUUACGUGAUCAGGAACGUCUAUAUUAUUCCCUGCUUUCGUUCUGCGUGAUAGCGUGGCAAUAAGAUACCUCUCCUCUGCAUCCGACCCCCCCCCCCUUUUCAUUUUCGUGGUGUCUUUUUCUCUCGGGUUGAAAUCGUGGGUCUAUUCUAUGUUGUUUGUUUCUCUUGCAUGUGGCAAAGGUGAAAGAUCGUCUGAUCCAUUGGUCUGCUAGUUAAUUCUUGUUUGUGACUGAGGGAGCAUUAGAACGAGGUGCGGAAGAUAGAGGUGCGUGCCUGUGUGUAUGUGUUUGUGUGUAUAUAUAGAUAUAUACAGUAUAUAUUUAUAUUUAUAAAUAACACACACACACACAGUUUUUAAAAUAGAAUUUUAUUUAAAAGUUGGGGGGAGACCCAAGAUGGCUGGAGGUGGUUGUGAGGAGUAUGUAGGGUUUUUUUGAUCUGAUGAUAAAAGCUAAAAGGCACAGCAGCUGCGGCUGUAUAAACUCAAUUUAAAACCCUCCCCUUCCCUCCCUCUCUUCUCCCCCCCCCCAUCAGACGCACACUUUGCAGGGUGGUGCCAUCCACCCCUCCUACCCCCUCCUGUUUUUAAAAAAACAGAUUUGUUUCUACUUUCUAAAAUAAAAUUUAAAAAUCUAUCAAUUAAAAAAAAAUCAGCUCAAAAUGGCUGAGGACUGACUGUGUCCUCUUGGAAUUGAACAUUUCAGCAGUUCCCUUUAAGCUGGUGCUGUCUCUCCUCUCCUCUCUCUCCUCCCCCCUCCGUUUUUUUUUUUUUUUGCAGGCUGGUUCCAAAAGGAGAAAUAGCUUUCAUGUCAGAAGGAAAACAGAGAAGCAAAGGGGAAGAGGCGGGGGCUGGGCUCUUCAUUAGUAGUUGAGAAAUUCCUUUUCAGUUUGAUCAAGGCAUACUUGUUUUCCUUCCAGCAAGAACAACCCAUCACUUUCCAAAAGACCAAGGGUUUUUGGAGUGGAGGGAGGAUUGUUUCCAUUUCAGUCUUGCUAAAAUAAAAAUCGAGGCAGAUUUUAAGAAGGCAGAAAUCCCACGAGGUAUUGUGAGCAGGUUGAUUCUCUGGGUUGAAUUUGUCUUCAGUGGUUUCCAGCCUCCUGGGUUGUCCUCCCCCUCUUCUCUUCAUUCCUAUUUGUGAAAGGAGCAAAGGAUGGGAGGGUCCCUUUGGCUCUGGGCUGGAAUUUCAUCCGAAUGAUUGACCCGUCUUCCUACUGAGAUUGCACUGUUCCAAAGCCAAUGAAGAAUAUAUAUAUAUUUUGCGCCAUUCAGCUGCAUUAGAAGUUAGCUGGUCUUGCGUUUGGAUUGUAUCUCCCAACUUUUUUGUGGUUUAAUUAAAGACUUGCAUUUUGAACUCUUUGAUCGGAGGACAAAUAAUUUGAAAUGCGAUUCUUUUGAGUUUGGUCAGGAGAGAGACAAGUUCUUUUAAAAUAUCAAAUCUUGGGCAGAAAGUCACAAUAAUUUGGCAGUGUUUAACUUAGAAGGUUUAUAUGGCAUUUGGACUCCAUUCUGGAUUUUGUAUGGAAUUUUUUCAGUUUUCGCAACUUAGUGGCCUUUCUGUUGCAAAAGUGGAAACUCAUCACCAUCUGCGUUAGUAGACCAAAAAACUGACUUUUUAAAGAGAGAUUGCUGAAAAUAAAAAUCUGUUGGUGUGAGACAUGGCUGAAAACUGGAAGAACUGUUUUGAAGAAGAACUUAUAUGCCCCAUUUGCCUGCAUGUCUUUGUGGAACCUGUCCAGCUUCCUUGUAAGCACAACUUCUGUAGAGGAUGCAUAGGAGAGGCAUGGGCCAAAGAGACAGGGCUAGUGCGUUGUCCUGAAUGUAAUCAGGCCUACAACCAGAAGCCCAACCUCGAGAAGAACUUAAAGCUGACCAACAUUGUGGAGAAGUUCAACUCUCUCAACCUGGAAAAGACUCCCUCCGUCUUACACUGUGUCUUCUGCCGUCGUGGGCCACCUUUGCCUGCCCAGAAGAUCUGCCUGAGGUGCGAAGCGCCCUGCUGCCAGUCUCAUGUUCAGACACACCUGCAGCAGCCCUCCACAGCACGUGGGCACCUCCUGGUGGAGGCGGAUGACGUCAGGGCCUGGAGUUGCCCCCAGCACAAUGCCUACCGGUUGUACCACUGCGAGGCUGAGCAGGUGGCGGUCUGCCAGUUUUGUUGCUACUACAGUGGGGCACACCAAGGGCAUUCGGUGUGUGACGUGGAGAUCCGGCGCAAUGAGAUCAGGAAGAUGCUAGUGAAGCAGCAGGACCGCCUGGAGGAACGCGAACAAGACAUUGAGGAGCAGCUCUACAAGUUGGAGUCUGACAAGCGGCUGGUUGAAGAGAAGGUGAACCAGCUGAAGGACGAGGUCCGCCUGCAGUAUGAGAAGAUGCACCAAAUCCUUGAGGAGGAUCUGCGCAAGACUAUGGAGAUCCUAGACAAGGCCCAGGCAAAAUUCUGCAACGAGAAUGCUGCCCAGGUGCUGCACCUCAGCGAGCGGAUGCAGGAGGCCAAGAAGCUGCUCAGCUCCGUUCAGGUCAUGUAUGACAAGACCGAGGACAUCAACUUCAUGAAGAAUACCAAGUCGGUGAAAAUCUUAAUGGACAGGACCCAAAACUGCACAGGAGGCAGCCUGCCCCCUCCCAAGAUUGGCCACCUCAAUUCCAAGCUCUUCCUGAAUGAGAUUGCCAAGAAGGAAAAACAGUUGCGGAAGCUUCUGGAAGGUCCCUUCAGCACCUCGGUGCCGUUCCUGCAGAGCAUCCCUAUGUACCCUUGCAGUGUCAGUAACUCAGGAGCCGAGAAGCGCAAGCACUCCACAGCUUUCCCGGAAGCCAGCUUCUUGGAGCCCUCCUCGGGACCUGUGGCCAGCCAGUAUGUGAGCCAGGGGGCUUCGGCUGGUGAAGGCCAGUCAGCACAACCCAUGGUGCCUUGUAGCUCCACCCAGCACAUAGUAGGACUUCCCAGUGGCCCCCAACCAGUUCACUCUGGCUCGAUGUUCAACCCUUCUCACUACCCCAACAGCACAUCAUCUCAGCAGUCUGUGCUGUCUCAGUAUGGUGGGCGCAAAAUCCUUGUCUGCUCGGUGGACAACUGUUACUGUUCCUCAGUAUCCAAUCACAGCGGGCAUCAACCGUACCCACGGUCAGGCCACUUUCCAUGGACAGUGUCGUCGCAGGAAUAUUCCCACCCCCUCCCACCUGCUCCCUCCGUACCUCAGUCGCUUCCGGGAUUGGCAGUGAGAGAAUGGAUUGAUGCAUCUCAGCAACAUGGACGCCAGGAUUUCUAUAGAGUUUAUGGUCAGCCUUCCACCAAACACUAUGUCACCAGUUAACCAUCUGGUUUGGAUAGAAUCUUUACUGAUUUUUUGAAAGGUUUUUUUUUUUUAAAUCUAGCUUUUGUUGUCGUCGUUUUUAAAUCAAACCCAUUUCCAUUAUUCCCUACCACUUGCCAGAAUCUGAGAGGGGCAUUGCUGUCAUCUCUGUCUUUAAUUUAAUUUUUUUUUAAAUCUUCCUUUGUAUCAGGAUG